AUGGAAAGGUUCCAGUCGUCCAUGCGCAAACGGCUCUACAGCUUGCCGCAAAACAUUGGGCAAAAACCCUUCGUGAGUGACGAAGGAGACAGCGGAGACAAGGACACCAAGAGGAAAAGUAUCCGGCUAAAACAUUUGUCCUCUCCGUCUCCUGCCAGCAGCUGCAGGAGCUUUGAGGAGGCCAGGAGCGAGGACUUGGAGAGGGACGUGAUCGUGAAGACCAACUUGAACGGGGACUGUCGCCUGUUCAGGGGCAGCAUCUCCUCCAUCACCGGGCGCCAUCCUCUCGGGUCCGACCCGGCGGAGCAGCGGCGCCUCAUCCCCGAGGCGGACGCCUGGGUCGGAGAGGGUUUCCCCGAUGAGAGCGGCCCCGGGGCCCAGCAGCGGGCAGCGGGUGGUCCGAGUGGCGCAGCCGGGCAAGGGUCCGUGUUCGACCAGUCAACUUUCAUCAAGUUGGAGGACGCCGAGCAAAUCAUACCCGAAGAUGAGCGGCUGUACCAAGCCGGCUUCAUGCACCGGCAGUUCGGGGCGAUGCUCCAGCCGGGUGUCAACAAGUUCUCCCUGCGGAUGUUGGGGAGCGAGAGGGCCGUGGAGCACGAGAGGGAGCGGGUCAAGUCUGCGGGCUUUUGGAUAAUCCACCCGUACAGUGAUUUCAGGUUCUACUGGGAUCUGACCAUGCUGCUGCUGAUGGUGGGAAACCUCAUCAUCAUCCCUGUGGGCAUCACCUUCUUCAAGGACGAGCACACGCCGCCCUGGAUCGUCUUCAACGUGGUGUCCGACACCUUCUUCCUCAUGGACCUGGUCCUCAACUUCCGCACGGGCAUCGUGAAGGAGGACAACACGGAGAUCAUCCUGGACCCGCAGAAGAUCAAGAUCAAGUACCUGAAGAGUUGGUUCGUGGUGGACUUCAUCUCCUCCAUACCGGUGGACUAUAUCUUCCUCAUCGUAGAAACGCGCAUUGACUCCGAAUUUUACAAGACGGCCCGGGCCCUGAGGAUCGUCCGCUUCACCAAGAUCCUCAGUCUGCUGCGGCUGCUGCGUCUCUCCAGACUCAUUCGCUACAUCCACCAGUGGGAAGAGGUUUUCCAUAUGACCUACGAUCUGGCCAGCGCCAUGGUGCGUAUCAUGAACCUGAUCGGUAUGAUGCUGCUGCUGUGUCACUGGGAUGGCUGUCUACAGUUCCUGGUGCCCAUGCUGCAGGACUUCCCUCAUGACUGCUGGGUCACCAGAAACAAGAUGGUGAAUGACACGUGGGGUCAGCAAUACUCCUACGCCCUGUUCAAGGCCAUGAGUCACAUGUUGUGCAUCGGGUACGGCCUCUACCCCCCCAUCGGCAUGGCUGACGUGUGGCUCACCAUCCUCAGUAUGAUCGUGGGGGCUACCUGCUUUGCUAUGUUUGUGGGGCAUGCGACUGCACUCAUCCAGUCUCUGGACUCCUCCAGGAGGCAGUACCAAGAAAAGUAUAAACAGGUGGAGCAGUACAUGUCCUUCCACAAGCUCCCGGCCGACAUGCGCCAGAGGAUCCAUGACUACUACGAGCACCGUUAUCAGGGCAAGAUGUUUGAUGAGGAGAGCAUUCUGGAGGAGCUGAACGAGCCACUGCGACAGGAAAUCAUCAACUUUAACUGUCGUAAACUUGUGGCCUCCAUGCCUCUGUUCGCCAACGCCGAUCCAAACUUUGUCACCUCCAUGCUCACCAAACUGCGCUUCGAGGUCUUCCAGCCGACCGACUACAUCAUCAGAGAGGGAACCAUCGGCAAGAAGAUGUUCUUCAUCCAGCACGGUGUCGUGAGUGUCCUGACCAAGAACAGCAUCGACAUGAAGCUGUCUGAUGGCUCUUAUUUUGGAGAGAUCUGCCUGCUGACCCGAGGCAGGAGGACAGCCAGUGUGCGAGCAGAUAACUACUGUCGGCUGUACUCGCUCUCCGUGGACAACUUCGACGAGGUGCUGGAGGAGUAUCCCAUGAUGAGGAGAGCCUUCGAGACUGUGGCUGUCGACCGCCUGGACCGAAUCGGUAAGAGGAACUCUGUUCUUCAGCAUAAAGUCCUGCAUCACCAAAGCUCUGGUACACUAAACUUCCAAGAGACUGAGAUCAUCCAAAGAAUAGUGCAACACGACCGUGACAUGGCCCAAUGCACACAGCUGAAUCAAACCAGCGAUGCACAGAGUCUCAACCCUCUUCCUGCUUCCCCGUCACCCAUCCCAGUUAUCUGGGCUCCGCUGGUCCAGGCCCCGCUCCAGGCUGCUGCCACCACCACCCCUCUGGCUCUGGCCUUGGCCCAGCACUCACAUCUUCCGCCCAUCCUCUUCCACCAUCCUGUGAUCCCAGGCUCUGAUUCCAUGAAGGACCCCAGCUGUUAUCCAAGAAGAGUCCAUGUUGGAGUGAACACCUCCAGCAUCGGUGGGUCAGGGCAUGGUUCACCCACCAGCUCCACCCUCAGGACACAGCAUAUUUCCUCUGGGCCUGUGUCGCCGGUACUGAUGUCCCAGCCCAUCUUCACCAGCAGCCUGCAGCCCCUCAACCCUCUGCCCAUGCACCAGCUCAUGCCCCUGCCCCCGCCCCAUCCUCCCCACUCCGGCGUUGCCUCUGUCUACCCUAUCAGCCAGACCACCGUCUCCUACACCUGCUCCGCCCAGCUCCAUCCCCAGCCCUUCCACGGUGCUAUGACCACCCCACACUACCCUAUAGCGUUCCUCCAGCAGGGGGCACCAGGGAGGCUAGGAGGGAGAUUCCCAGCCCCCUCCGCCUCCUACAUAAGCCCACUGAUCUCCAGCUCAGUCGACCCCAUUCUAAGCCACCUGCAGCAGACCUCUCACGCCACACUGCAACAGACGAGGUCCAGUCAUGACAGAGCAGGGAGGACACCCAGUGUUCUGAACCUCCCAACUUUUCCCUUCAUCACCAGCACCCAGUCCUCCAGUGGAUUUAUGCAGCCAGUGUCUGCAGUCGGAGACGGAGCCGCUGCCUCUCUGGCCCAGCACAGCCUGACAGGCCUCCAGUCUGUUUUCCUUCCCCAGGUUCUUCCCGAGCACUCAGCGCUCGCCUCCCUGGCCCAGUACGGCUCUGCAGAGGUGUCUCCCUGCUACACGCCUCCAGUCCAAAGUCCCAGAAUACAAAGCCCUGUGAGGGGCAGGACAGUUUACCAAAGUGAACUCCCAAGCACCAUGGGCUCUCACUGCCCUCUUACCCCUCAGACCUCAUGGCCUGACAGGGUGGCUUGUACCCUCAAAGAGAAGGCAGAGUCCUCUGUGAAUCUCUUUACCCAGGAAAUAAAGACUAUCUCAGGCUCUCAUAGCUCUAUACACCAGGAAAGGCCCCCCUCAGAGGGAGCAGCGGGGGCGUCGAGCCCCUUCUCCUCCCCCAUGGCCGUCAGCAAACCCUACAGUUCCAUCCCUGGUCAGGCUACUCCUGUCAGUCGGACUCAUUCAGUGUCUGAACAUCAGAACCAGUCUGCUGGCGUUCACUCUCCCCACGUUAGAUCUCCCUCUAAGAUAUUAGAGGCCGAACACAAACAGUCCGAACUUCCCUCCAACUUGUGAGGUUCAGACACACCCUCCUUUUAAUGCCUGAACACAAGGGAGAUCAUCCCACUCCUGGCAUUGUUCUAACAACUGCUCUGUCAAAUUCUGACGUGGGAGGGUGUGUUAUUCUAAUCACUCUGACGAUCAAUGGUUUCCUUUUUAAUCCGAGUCAAUGGAUCGUGGAUAAUGAUGGACAAUGACAAUUUGUUUUCCUUCAAAAUAUUGUUUCUUUGGAUAAAAAUGAAUGAAAUAUUAAUUAUGGAUAUAUAUAUAUAGAGCACCUCAUGAAAAUAUAAAUUGUUCUAUGUAUUAUAUUAUAACCUUACUGACGUAUUUGUUUAAAACCCCAUUAUCAAGGCAAUUUUAUGUAACCUUUUAGUGACACCUGUUUAGUUGAUAUUUAUUUACAUCUGUUACACCCAGUUAUAAUUGAAACCGAAAUUAUUGUCCUUUUUUAUAAUUGUGUAUCAUUUUUCCAUUGCUGAGCAGAACGUGUGAAUGCGAGGUCCCCCCUUAAGAAAUGUGAGGAGAGUCGGACAGUGCACUUUGCUUGUUUCAGAGAUCAGCCAUUGUAAACGUUUGAUGACGGCACGUCUUCCAUGAUAGCGUUCCAGCAAUAUUGCACACCCGCAUGGGUCACACAGGAAUCAGAACCCGUUCAGAGACAGGGAAGUAAUGAAUGUAAUGUUUGUGUCAGGGAAGUGGAAGUAAUAUUGAAUGUGUUGAACAUGAAGGCAAUGAUUGUUUUGUGUUUUUUGUUUUGUUUUUAAUAAUAACUAGUUUCAGAGACAACGCACACAUAUCCAUUUGUCCCUUCACAGCUGCAACGGCACACGGCGAGUCGCACAACUCAUGCCAACUCAUUUCAGUCCGACACCAACUUUGGUACAGAGCAAACAUCUGAGUCAAGGUCGGUGUGCCACUAGCAUAGUAUGCAAUAAUCUGUGUUACUACUAAAGGUACUGUGAACUGAAGAACUUGGCGACGGGCGAGAUGCCGAUUUUUUAGUUCGAGCAGAUACAAAUGAGGGACUCAAGCAAUUGUGGAUAAUCAAACAUCUUGAAACCAGCAACGCACUAAGAUGGAUGUGAAUGUUUCUUUUACCAGUCAAAGGGCUAAAUGCAGAUACUUGGGCAAAUGGUUGAUACGAAAACCCUCCUGGGUCAUAUUGCUGCAUAUUUACCUCUAACAUGUUAAUGGUUUGAUUGUAAAAUCGGUCUUCUGUCCUUGAACAGUUGCUGCUUUGAGAUGCUAUGCUGAAUCAAUAAGACGUGUUUCACGUAAUGUUUUUUUUUUUUUUUUUUUAAACCAGACUCUUAAAUCCUUCGACUUGUUAAUAUGUUAAUGUGUUUCAAUCAUGCUUCCAUCUCUGGACCCUUGGCUGGUGAUGAACUGUAAAAGCAGCAAGGCGCCAGUCACCAGGAGGAUCCUGUCUGAGGGUUUUGUCUGCAUGGUGACUGACCCAGCGGUUUGCUGUGACUCUGACUCUCCCCCGAGGGAGGAGAGAUGCUAUCAGUCACUAGCCCAUCACUGCCAGUCAGCUUCAGCGAUCCCUCAUUACUAUUCUCCCCCGACCCCGCACCCAAACAGCACCUGCCGAGGGGAAUCGGCUCAUAUUGAGAAAUGUCAGUCAUUCAUCUUUGAAAAAUUUAUUUCUCAUGUCGCUGCCUUUUAACCAACAAAUCUGAUGAUUUCAUCACCCGUGUAUGUUUGACAAAACAUUUUUAGCUACUGAAUUCAAUGCAAUAACAUCAC